AUGGCAGCCAAAUCGCCCAAGGACAAUGUCGGCCUCGACUUUCAGUUCUGGGCCAACUUGAAAUACAGUGGCCGCGGGUUCGAUGACCAGGCGGACUGGGAGGACUUUCAGAUGUGCUUCUCUGCCUCUACCUCCGGCCCCGGCACACCGCUACGUCCAGGCCUCAGGGCCAGCCAAAUCGGUCAUUUCGGAAGUCCGGGCCCUCUCGCGGUGGCUGCGAUAGGUUUCGCCGUUCAGGACGAGGCCACCCUUCGCGAGACGGAGUUCGGCAUCCUGAUCAUCGUUCCGCCUCCGUCUCCGGACGACCCGCAAGAGAGGUCCGAGGAAACCGUUGUCCAUCGCUACCUCGAUCUCUACAAGAAGCAGGCCUGGGUGGAACUCCUCGGAGGGUUGGAAGCAGCCUGUCGACCGGUCUUCACGGCGACCAAGACGGACGAGGCCAGAGACACUUUCGAGUCCGAAUUAACACACGGCUUCCGGCCUUUCCAGCUGGUUCCGGGGCCGGACGCAGACACGCCCGGACUCGAACCGUUGCAGCCGGAGCUCGUGAGAGUCGACUGGGGCCUGGUCAAGGAGGACGUCAAAGACGUUCCGGUCUUUGCCUUGUCGGACGUCGAGCGGUUCUGCGCGUUGACGAAUCAGGUCCACCAAGUCACCAUCAACGGACGGGCCUAUGUCUACAAGCUUGCCAGAGAUCCGGAGUUUGUCCGGGAGAUCUCGAUGUUGCGGAAGCUGGAAGCGUUGAGCCGGAAAGGAUACACCACUCUCCGGGCCCCGAGGCUGGAAGGGCUCAUCGGCCUGGAUACAAUCUUCGAAGCGAUUCUCAUGACGUGCAUCCCGUCCUCCCGCAGUCUGGAUCGUCUGAUUCUCGAUGAUUGCGAGAUGAGCCUCGCCGACCGUCCGAAGUGGUAUGACCAGGUCUCCGAGGCCGUGCAGACUCUGCAUCAGGAGGGUCUCUGCUGGGGAGAUGUCAAGGCGGCAAAUGUGGUGAUCGAUGGCGAAGGCGACGCCUGGCUGAUCGAUUUUGAAGGCGGCGCCAGCUGGGGCUGGUUCGACAAGAAGUUGAAAGAUACCAUGGCUGGAGACUUGCAAGGCUUGAGCAAGCUUCACGAGGUAUUGGGCCUGAGAGCCUCCUGACUCAGUGCUGUGCUGCGGUACUCCGCAUUCGAGAAGUACUUCUCUUGUUUCCCGUGCUUUGUUUCAGCUUUUCUUCUCUCUCCGCUAGAUCUGUACCAACUCCCCUGUCAUUUGUUUUCUCGUCUCUCUCUCUCUCUCUCUCUCUUUUCGAU